CGGAAAUUUACCAAAGGGAGCGCGCUGCCGCGGGGGCGGGGCCGAGCCGGCCCCUCGGCGAGCGGAUUGGUGGGUGCGGCGGUGACGCGCGGUGACGCGCAGGGGCUCGAGGCGCACGUUGGCUGUGGAGCGGGGAGCCCACAUAAACAAAGGCACAUUGCGGGGAAGGGCCAGUCCACCCGCCUCGCCCGCCCGGCGCGACGCUGACGCCGACGCCGCUCUGCCUGCCGCCGCCGCCCGGCACUUGGAUGCGCGCACGGGCCGCCGCUCUACGCCAGCGCGCCGGGCAGGCUGGAGCCCUCCUUCGUGCUCUGAAGCCGCGGAAACUCCGCUCCCCGCUGAGCUCCGACGCUGUCCGCCUUCGGCUCUCCCGAAAACGCCUCUCACCCGGCUGAAGCCAUGCCCUGUGUUCAGGCUCAGUAUGGGUCCUCGCCUCAAGGAGCCAGCCCGGCCUCCCAGAGCUACAAUUACCACUCUUCGGGAGAAUACAGCUCCGAUUUCUUAACUCCGGAGUUUGUCAAGUUUAGCAUGGACCUCACCAACACUGAAAUCACUGCCACCACUUCUCUCCCCAGCUUCAGUACCUUUAUGGACAACUACAACACAAGCUACGACGUGAAGCCACCUUGCUUGUACCAAAUGCCCCUCUCCGGACAGCAGUCCUCCAUUAAGGUGGAAGACAUUCAGAUGCAUGGCUACCAGCAGCACGGCCACCUCCCCUCUCAGUCCGAGGAGAUGAUGUCCCACUCAGGCUCCGUGUACUACAAGCCCUCGUCGCCCCCGACCCCCUCUACGCCCGGCUUCCAGGUGCAGCACGGCCCCGUGUGGGACGACCCUGGCUCCCUGCACAACUUCCACCCCAACUAUGUGGCCACCACGCACAUGCUCGAGCAACGCAAAACGCCUGUCUCCCGCCUCUCCCUCUUCUCCUUCAAGCAGUCGCCCCCCGGCACCCCUGUCUCCAGCUGCCAGAUGCGCUUUGACGGGCCACUCCAUGUCCCCAUGAACCCCGAGCCAGCCGGGGCCCACCACACUGUGGACGGACAGGCCUUUGCAGUCCCCAACCCCAUUCGCAAGCAGCCCUCCAUGGCCUUCCCGGGGCUGCAGCUGGGCCAUGCUCCGCAGCUGCUGGAGAGCCAGGUGCCCUCGCCACCCUCACGGGGGUCCCCCUCCAACGAGGGGCUCUGUGCUGUCUGUGGGGACAACGCUGCCUGCCAGCACUAUGGUGUUCGUACCUGCGAGGGCUGCAAGGGCUUCUUCAAGCGCACAGUGCAGAAGAAUGCCAAGUACGUCUGCCUGGCCAACAAGAAUUGCCCGGUGGACAAGCGCCGCCGCAACCGCUGCCAGUACUGCCGCUUCCAGAAGUGCCUGGCCGUCGGCAUGGUGAAGGAGGUGGUGCGCACAGACAGCCUCAAAGGCCGGAGGGGUCGCCUGCCAUCCAAACCGAAGAGCCCCCAGGAGCCCUCUCCCCCCUCUCCCCCGGUGAGUCUGAUCAGUGCGCUGGUGAGAGCCCAUGUCGACUCCAACCCGGCUAUGACCAGCCUGGACUAUUCCAGGUUCCAGGCUAACCCCGACUACCAGAUAAGUGGAGAUGACACUCAGCACAUCCAGCAGUUCUACGAUCUCCUGACUGGCUCUAUGGAGAUCAUCCGAGGAUGGGCAGAAAAAAUCCCUGGCUUCACUGACCUCCCAAAGACAGACCAGGACCUACUCUUCGAAUCUGCCUUCCUGGAGCUGUUUGUGCUGCGGCUGGCAUACAGGUCAAACCCAGUGGAGGGCAAGCUUAUCUUCUGCAACGGGGUAGUCCUGCACCGGUUGCAGUGCGUCCGCGGCUUUGGGGAGUGGAUUGAUUCCAUUGUUGAAUUUUCCUCCAACUUGCAAAACAUGAACAUCGAUAUCUCUGCCUUCUCUUGCAUCGCUGCCCUGGCCAUGGUCACAGAGCGGCAUGGGCUUAAAGAACCCAAGAGGGUGGAAGAGCUUCAAAACAAGAUUGUGAAUUGUCUGAAAGACCAUGUGACUUUUAAUAACGGGGGGCUGAAUCGCCCCAACUACUUGUCCAAACUCUUGGGGAAGCUCCCCGAACUCCGCACGCUUUGCACGCAGGGGCUGCAGCGCAUUUUCUACCUGAAACUGGAAGAUUUGGUGCCACCGCCAGCAAUAAUCGACAAACUUUUUCUGGACACUUUACCUUUUUAAGACUCUUCCUGUGCACUUGCACUGAACAGAAAUGUCACCUGGCUGAAGGGGACUUGGCCUGGGCCCCUAGUGGCACCCCUGGGUGCUCACCUCCCCCCCCCCCCCCCCCCCCCCCCAACCCAGUGUUGCUAACUCCUGCAGGCAGAACCUGAGCGGGCAUUUUGGCUCUGGGCCAUCAUGGAUGCAGAUCAUGGACUACACAACACCAUGGUAUAAACUUUUUAUUAUCAGCUUAUAAAUGAAUUUAUUAUUAAGGACUUCUGAUUAAAAAGAUGAACAUAUCUGGCAACGCAGCUAAGACUCACACAGUGACAGUGUUAAGGUGACCCACAAGUCUCACCCUCCUAAAGACUAAAGUUUUCUGCUGUAAAAGAAAGCUGUAAUAUAUACACAACCUAAAUGUUACGUGGGUGGCAUGUCAUUAAAGAAGGCGAAGGCUUGUAAAUUUAUCAGAUGCAGUUUGGCUUUUUAAAAAUUAUUCUGUGCCUAUUUACAAAGAAAUAUGGAAAACAAUUCUAAAAAAAUAAUUAAAAAUAAAAGCUAAACGUGUUUGCAAAAAAAAAAAAUAAAAAGAAAAAAGAGAAAGACUAAAGAGAAAGAAAACUAAAUCUCUCUGUACCAGGAAAGCAUGAUGAUGACUCUAGGGUGACAAUGUUAUAGGCACUUGCUAUUUCAGUAAUGUCUAUAUUCUAUAAAUAGUAUUUCAGACACUAUGUAGUCUGUUAGCUUUUAUAAAGACUGGUAGUUAUCUAAGCUUCAAACAUUUUCUCAAUUGUAAAAUAGGUGGGCACAAGUAUUACAAACCCUGAACUCCUCCCCAGUGGGACACAUCGUGUUUGUAAACACCGUCCGACACCCCUUGUUUGUAAGUGUUGUAUGUACUGUUGAUGUUGAUUAAAAAAAGAAGUUUAUAUCUUGAUUAUUUUGUUGUCUAAAGCUAAACAAAUCUUGCAUGCAGCAGCUUUUGACUGUUUCCAGAGUGCUUAUAAUAUACAUAACUCCCUGGAAAUUACUGAGCACUUUGAAUUUUUGGUUUGUUUUGUUCCGGUUUUUUAUGUCUAAAAUUGUCGGUUAAUAUAUUAUUUUACUUUCGAGUAAUAUUUUUAAUAUUGCCAUAUUCUGUGGUGGUUUUCUUUGUACGUUUCCGGUGUGGCACACGGUACGAGUCACUGCCUUCCCCCCCCCCCCCCCCCCCCCCCCCGUGGUGUACGACCGUUUGAAACGCUGAUUUAUUUGUUUUAUUUCAUUAUUUCCCUCUCGAUAACUCUUUCUUUGAGAAAGACGAUUUUAAUGUUUACAACAAUAAAACAUGUAAACGAA